GCUUCCUCGAGCAGAAGGCAGUCUGCAGGACUAGUAUUGCCAGCAACACAUAACUAGAAAGAGAAAAGAGCAACACAUACAGAAAGCAUCCAUUCAGCCAAUGGCAUUCCUCACCACCAACGCGUCCUGCAUCUCCGUAAUGGCAGCAGCCGUGCCUCGCCGCAGCCUCAUCGUGGUCAGGGCUGCCUCCAAACCUGCUGAGCACCAAGAGCAAGCAGCCAAGCCCCACAGCGCUUAUGCCGGUGGGCGGCGCCAAGCCCUGAUGUUGUUAGCCGCCGGCGCUGCCUCAACAGCCGUCGUGAGCCGAUCCGCGAGAGCUGAUGAGCCUACAAUAAAGGUCGGAGGGUGGGUGGAAAUAAAAGACGUGAUGAACCCAUCAGUCCAGGACAUGGGAAGAUGGGCUGUUGCGGAGCACAACGCAAAGACGGGGGAGAAGUUGCAGUUCAGUAAGGUCGUUAGAGGCCAGCAGCAAGUCGUCGCGGGCAUGAAUUACAUGCUCGAUGUCGAAACAAAGGAACCCUCUCGUUUUUAUGGAGCAUUUGUGUUUGAUCCACUGCCCAACUCAUCCGAGAAGCGUCAGCUUAAGUAUUUCAAGCCCUUGAUUGGAUGAUGGCAACAACCAAAUUAAGGGCCAUUACUCGGUCUCUCUCUUAUGCUUGUGUGCGUGUGUGUGUCUGUCUGUCCACUGCGAUCCACCAUCCUAUCUAUAUUUAUAUAAAUAACAACGGAAUGCGUGUGGCU